GAUGAUAAGACACACAGAGAAGACUUAACUUUGCAGGUUUCCCCGCACUCGACACUGCAAAAAAGAUACAAACUUAUAAAAAGAGGUCCACUCAACUCUCUGCAAAAAAAAAAAAUUAACUUUUUUUCAAACUUAACUUUCUCUUCAGAAAUAAAUUUCCCUUCACAUUAAUAUUCUCUUCUUCUUAGUAUCAAAUCAUCCUUAAUCUAAACAUGGACUUCAAUCUGAAGCAAUGGAGUAAUCAACAUGAGUCAGAAAAUCAAGAAUCACCAACAAAGUUACCAAGACUUCAUCUUGACUUCCACUCUGUUUCUUCUGAUUCUGCUUCUGCUGCUGCUGCUGCUGCUCUUCCAUUGUUUGUAUCUGAACCAACAACAUCAACAACAACUUGUACCAAAUUAAUGUCAGAUUCAACAACCACUGUCACCACCAAAUUUCCAAGGAUUGGGAGUGGUGGUGGUUACUUCAGCUUGGCUCAGUGGCAAGAACUUGAACUACAGAGUUUGAUUUUUAGGCAUUUUGUAGCUGGUGCUCCUGUUCCUUCUGAACUACUUCAUCUUGUUAAGAAAAGUAUUAUUGCUUCUUCACCUCCUCCUCCUUCAUAUUACUUUGCUCAUCCAUUUCAACAGUAUCCUCAUUAUCAGCAAGCUUUGAUGCAGUCAGGGUACUGGGGUAGAGCCGCCAUGGAUCCAGAACCAGGAAGGUGUAGGAGGACUGAUGGCAAGAAAUGGAGGUGCGCAAGGGAUGUAGUGGCUGGCCAGAAAUACUGCGAGCGCCACGUUCAUCGUGGCCGCAGCCGUUCAAGAAAGCCUGUGGAAAUUCCCACACAUGCCAACAAUGGCAGUAAAAACAACAACAACAAUAACACUGUUUCUCAUCAUCAAGCCUUCGGAAAAAUGGUCGGACAUGCUCAUGCUGGUGCUGGUGCUCCUCAGUUUUCUCUAUCGGGACAUUCACCUUCCACUAAUGCACCUUUUCAUCUCAAUCAAAGGCCAAUUAAGGGUCCACCACAAGAAGUACUCCAAAAAGAUGUAUCUAUUGGUGAUGGUAAAUCAUCUAGUGGCCAAAUCCUACGCCAUUUCUUUGAUGAUUGGCCUAGACAACAACAACUUCAAGAAGGUGACAAUGCUGCCACCAGCCUGUCCAUUUCGAUGCCCGGUGGAGGGGGUAACCCCUCGUCCGACUUUUCGUUGAAGCUUUCAACUGGGAAUGAUUAUGAUUCGGGGACUCAAGUAAGUAAUGUUGAACAGUCUACAUGGGGGACGAGUCACCACCAAGUGGCCUCGAUGGGUGGGCCACUUGCUGAGGCCUUAAGGUCAUCGACAACUAACUCAUCCCCGACUAGUGUGUUGCAUCAAUUGGCACGAGGUAGCACGUCCGAGGCAAGCUAUAUUAGCACUUGAUUUUUGCAAGUGUUCUUGUUUGAUUUUUCAUGGGAAAAAAAAAUGUUUUUUUGGACUUAUUGUUUUCUUUUCCUUGGUUGUGUUGUUGUUCAUUGUUCUUUUGUGGUAUUGAUAUCCCUAACUAUCACCUGUACAAA